CUCAGAAGGACCAGCCUCCCGGCGGCGUUGCCGUGGAAACGGAGCUCGCUGUGUGGAUGUGGCAACUCGCCGAAGCACAGCCUUUGCAGACUAUCUGCAGCGGGGGCUCACAGGACCGACGCCAAGAUGAUGCUUUCAAGGGCCAAACCCGCUGUGGGCGGGGAGUCACCGCACACUGACAAAAGAAAGAAGAAAGGGAGGAAGAUUCCAAAACUAGAGGAUCUACUUUCGCAGAGAGAUUUCACUGGCGCCAUUACCCUAUUGGAGUUCAAGCGCCACGUUGGGGAGCAAGAAGACGACACUAACUUAUGGAUUGGAUACUGUGCUUUUCACCUGGGUGACUACAAGAGAGCUUUGGAGGAAUAUGAAAAUGCAACGAAGGAGGAAAAUUGCAAUCCAGAAGUGUGGGUGAACUUGGCCUGCACCUACUUUUUUCUUGGGAUGUAUAAACAAGCAGAAGCUGCUGGGUUUAAAGCUCCAAAAAGCCGGCUCCAAAACCGCCUACUGUUCCAUCUGGCUCACAAGUUUAAUGAUGAGAAGAAAUUAAUGAACUUUCAUCAGAAUCUUCAGGAUAUCAAGGAAGACCAGCUUAGUUUGGCCUCAAUCCACUACAUGCGAUCCCAUUACCAAGAAGCUAUUGAUAUAUACAAGCGGAUCCUGCUGGACAACAGGGAAUACCUGGCCCUCAAUGUGUAUGUGGCCCUCUGCUACUACAAACUGGAUUACUAUGAUGUGUCUCAAGAAGUCCUGGCUGUUUACCUUCAGCAGAUUCCUGACAGUACCAUCGCCCUCAACCUUAAGGCCUGCAAUCACUUUCGCCUUUAUAACGGCAAAGCAGCUGAGGCAGAGCUCAAAAGCUUGAUGGACAAUGCAUCUUCACCCUUUGAAUUUGCUAAAGAACUCAUCAGGCACAAUCUGGUUGUUUUCCGAGGAGGCGAAGGGGCUUUGCAGGUUUUACCUCCCCUGGUUGAUGUCAUUCCUGAAGCUAGGCUCAACCUAGUGAUUUACUACCUUCGUCAAGAUGAUGUGCAGGAAGCCUAUAAUUUAAUCAAGGAUUUGGAACCCACUACACCUCAGGAGUAUAUCCUCAAGGGAGUUGUCAAUGCAGCCCUUGGCCAGGAAAUGGGUUCAAGGGAUCAUAUGAAAAUUGCCCAGCAGUUUUUCCAGUUGGUAGGAGGAUCAGCUAGUGAAUGUGAUACAAUACCAGGAAGGCAGUGCAUGGCUUCCUGUUUCUUCCUACUUAAACAAUUUGAUGAUGUCUUGAUUUACCUCAACUCUUUUAAGAGUUACUUCUAUAAUGAUGACAUCUUUAACUUUAAUUAUGCCCAAGCCAAAGCUGCAACAGGCAAUACCAGUGAGGGUGAAGAGGUUUUCCUCUUGAUCCAAAGUGAGAAACUGAAAAAUGACUACAUUUACCUUAGCUGGUUAGCUCGCUGCUAUAUUAUGAAUAAGAAACCAAGACUAGCUUGGGAGCUUUAUCUCAAGAUGGAAACCUCUGGCGAGUCCUUCAGCCUCUUACAGCUCAUUGCCAAUGACUGUUACAAGAUGGGCCAGUUCUACUAUUCAGCCAAAGCUUUUGAUGUCUUAGAAAGACUGGAUCCCAACCCUGAGUACUGGGAAGGCAAGAGGGGUGCCUGUGUGGGCAUCUUCCAGAUGAUCUUAGCUGGGAGAGAACCCAAGUAAGUGAACAAAUGGACAGAGCUGCCUCUAUCCACCUGCCCCUGAGAGACCCUCCGAGAAGUGCUGCAUUUACUGAGAAGCACAGGAAACACCCAAGUGGAGUAUAUCAUCAGGAUCAUGAAGAAGUGGGCCAAGGAGAAUAGAGUGCCCAUCUAAGCAGCCAAACCCUAGGCCAGGACCAGCUUCCUCUCACGUCAAAUUGGAACUGUUUUCUUGCACUUGAAUAUGCAAUCCAGGACCCUGCUUGAUUGACAUUUCUUUCCUUGCUCUUAGAGCAUUAGGAUGAGUGGGUGGUAUGUGUGGACUUAGGCAUCAGGCAACAGGAAUCUCCCUGGCCUGCUGACACCCAAUGUAAUCUACUGGUGCCUUUCUUCCAUAAUCAUUCUGAACACUAUUCUGUAAUUUACUGGCUUUAGGAAUAGAUACUAGUUUUGUUUUUCUUUCUCUGUUAGCAUUUCAGGACAUAUCUUUUUUCUUCUUCUUUUUUUUUUUUUUCUGAGACAGGGUUUCUCUGUAUAAGCCCUGCCUGUCCUGGAACUCACUUUGUAGACCAGGCUGGCCUCGAACUCAGAAAUCCACCUGCCUCUGCCUCCUGAGUGCUGGGAUUAAAGGCGUGUGCCACCAUGCCCGGCAGGACAUUUUCUCCUACCUGCAGUAACAAGUACCUUUAUACUAGAGAAUUGCCAUCAUUUGAUCAUAUUCCAUCAUUUUGUACAUUAGCCCAUCCAUGACUACAUCUCUGACUCCUGGGAGACGUCUUUCUGAGCUGUGUGAUUCUGAGGAUGGCCAUGAGGCCCUCUACCAAACAGCAGUCAGUAGUAGUUAGUUAGCUUAUGAGACCACUCUCUGUGAGUAGCUUGUUACGUUGAGACAAGCUGAGUAUAUGGUUUUAAAAAGGUGAGUGAAAGGAAAAACUUGGCAUCUCUGAAGGUGUGUAAGUCUCAGAGUUAGGUCUCCCUUGUAUUUUAGGAAACAAAGCCAGGGCAGGGUUCUUACUAUCUUCUGAAUGAACAGCAAUUUUGAACAUAGGACUGGGAAAGUUUUCAUGAAAUAUAUAUAUAUGUAUAUUUUUUCUGAGACAGGGUUUCUCUGUGUAGCCUUGGCUGUCAUGGAACUCACUCUGUAGACUAGGCUGGCCUUGAACUCGGAGAUCCGCCUGCCUCUGCCUCCCGAGUGCUCGUAUCAAAGAUGUGUGCACCACUGCUCAGCAUACGUACCUGUUUAUAUUGCGCACACAUGAACACAUCGUAGGGAUUUAUUGAUACAAGUAUAAAGCAGGUCCUUUGAAGAGACCUCCUAAUGGCUAGCCUCUCCAUCAUAUCUCAGCCUCGUGUCUCUGAGCUGUCAUCACAUAAACUUCUUUUUUCUACAACAAAGUAUUGUCAGGCUUCCAUCCUACUUUCAGAAAACAGACAUACAUCUUUUUGUGUAUCAGAUUACCUGCUUGUUUGUAUGCUCUGUAAUUUUCUUCUGUAGGUCUGAGGUACACAAGCUAGAACAUACAGACCCAUCCUCAUAGAGCAGGGACUGCACAGAGGAGGAGGUGGAGGAAUUUUUAGAAACACCAUUAAUUCUUCUUCCUUCCCAGCCUCCUGCUGCAGAUGGCAGAUGGGAGUUCUGCACAGAAAGGAGAGGGAAACCUGUACAGAGUAAAACAGCUGAAGCAACAGGACCAGAGGCUGAACACAGCCUUCAUCUCUAGCCAGUCCCAAGGUGUUCCUCAGCUCUGUAUCUCUGAGUCCUGGGACAAGUCUUCCCGAGAAGAUGGCCAGUGUGCCAUCUUUUACAUUAGGAUCAGAUAUGAUUGGGCCAAAGCACAAAACACAGUACUGGUCUAACAGAACUGCAGGAAACAAAACUGCACCAUUUCCUUAUGCCAGAGCUUCUUGUCUUGUUCUGGUGUUCCCUCUUUUUCAGUAGCACCUGGUUCUCUUUGCCAAAGGUACUAGGUGGAUCAGAUAUGACUAAACCUGCUAUAGUUCUGUGAAUCAUUCUUAUGAAACUUAUUUUGCUUUAAAUACUUGGAAGCAAAAGAGUGGGAUGCAGAUCAACUCCUGGGAGCUGUUGACAUCUUCAGUGACACACUGUUCAGUUCCAGCUUCCUGAAAGACACUCAUUCACAGUCAUGGACUUCCCAGUGAGACAUUGUGAGUUUACUACUUAGUAGUCUCUGACAUUUUCCUUGAGAGAAGACGGUCUGUCCCCAACAGCAGAAUUUUAGAUUACUGUUAAAAGUUUUUAAUCUACAGGAUUGAGACAGAAACAUGAAGGCUUGUUAAAGAGAAGCACAUUCAAUUCUGUUAGGAGGGAUAAUUGUUUCUGAUUGUCUUGACAGGGCAUCAAGUUCGUACUGUGUUCUCUCACAGAUGACAGCCUGGAAAAGAAGGGCUUGGCUGGGGAAUGUGUAAUUUAUACAGUCUAUCAUAGCAAUGUACUAUUUAAAAAUAGUCUGUAGUGUAUACUUAAAAAUGGAAAAAACACUUUUACAACUAUUUUUGUACAACAAAAGAAUCACAUACCACUGUACUAUAUUUAAAUUAAAAUUUAUUUUUUGGUUUUUGUCA